AAGAGUCUCGCCAGCUCAUGUGAGCUGGUACACCCAAGGUCCAAUUCACAAACAACCAGUCAUGAACGUCUUUUCGACCCUAAGGGCCGCCGCUGGCAAAACAGCCAGGUCAGCACAGCUCAGCAGAUCAUUUCAAUCUAGGCGGACGCCAUUCCUCCAACACCAACAAAGAUUUGCAUCCUGGCAACGUGGUCGACGCUAUGAACGAUUCGGAGAUCAAUCGUUCAAUAAUGGACAGGGGAAGCAGCAGCAGCAAUGGAGUAACUUCGGUCCCGUCUAUCGAGCACAGUAUAUCUGGCGCAAUUACCGAACACCACUGAUUGUUGCGGGCGGCGGAGGCGGAGUAUUCUAUAUUUACAACUUGGAGGAAGUCCCGGUCUCGCAUCGUCGAAGAUUCAAUUUCGUCUCACCGGAUAUGGAGCGACAGGUCCUAGGGUCCGAGAACGCAUACAAGUCACUUUUACAAGAAUAUCGAAAUCGAAUUCUUCCGGCGGAACAUCCGUAUACGCGACUGGUGGCUAAAGUGGUGAAGAGGUUACUCACAUCGACCGGACGGCUUGCGGAUGGAGAGUGGCGUGUGCAUAUCAUUCAGGACGACAAUACCACCAACGCCUUUGUCAUGCCUGGUGGCAAAGUGUUUGUUUUCACCGGAAUGUUGAAGUUUUGCGAAGACGAAGCCACAUUGGCUGGUGUAUUGGGCCAUGAGAUCGCACAUAAUGUCGCGCAUCACACGGCCGAGAGAGCAUCACGCAGUAUUUUCGUCAUGGCCGGCGCAUUGGCACUUAGCACGCUGAUCGACAUCAGUGGCAAUUUGAGCUCUGAACUCUCCGACCUUAUUCUCUCGAGACCGAACUCUCGUACCCAGGAAAGUGAAGCUGAUUAUAUCGGUCUGAUCAUGAUGGCGGAGAGUUGUUAUGAUCCUAGCAAAGCCCUGCGUUUCUGGGAGAACAUGACCGCUGCGGAUAAAGGCCAACCUCCGCAGUUUCUGUCCACCCAUCCAAGUCAUAUGAACCGAGUCGAACAAAUCAAGAAAUGGCUGCCUGAGGCGCAAAGGGUUUAUGAGGAUCGUGGCUGUGCGAGCUUGCGGUCGCUGGCCGGCGAUUUCCGGAAUUCAUUCAGGCAGCAACAGCAGCAGCCUGUUAUCAAAUCCGGACGACAACCGGCAGAUGUGUUCAGCCCGCGUGGACGACGUGACAAUGACGAUGAUGACGACUACUUUUGAAGAUGCUUUGUUGAAACAUGUUUCGAAAUAAUAUCUCGAAAGUCUGACUCAGCCUUCUGAUGCCUGGCGAACGGUCAACGAAUCUUCACUCACGUCGAGUUUUAUAACAUCUAGGUCUCGACCCAUCUAUCUCACCUCAUCUUUGAGCCUCCUGGGUCCUGGAAUGCGCAAGAUUCCCAACGGCAAGACAUCCGCGCCAGGAUAAUGGAUGCGCGUUAGCGAGUCUGAGGGCUUCUCACGGACCUGGCCUUGUAUCAACAAAUGCACACAAUCAUCAAGAUUCACGAGUCAUGAGAUCACAGGCCAGGCUGUCUCCCAGUCCUACGCAUAAGUCGUGGAAGGUGACUUCGGUCGUAAGGGGUCUUAUCAAGCCUAAGGCGUGGCGAGGCGAGGAAAAGUAGAAAUCAUCUGGGCGAAAAGUCCCGAUAAAGGACUGUAAUUGUAUUAAUAUCCAAUCAAGCGUAGGGUAUCUGGGCAAAUCUAGCAAAUGUCCGCAUCUUAAUUCAAUAUAUGCACGCUCUGUCAACAGUAUUGAAUCUGGUCAAAGAAUAACCUGGGG